GGAAAAAUUAGAAAUUAUUGGGCUAAAAGGGAAAGAAACGAAAAUUUAGAGAGAGAGCGGAAAAAAAAUGGGGAAUAGUAUCGGGGGGAGAAAGAGAGUAAAGGUAAUGAAAGUGGACGGAGAGAUUCUGAAAUUGAAAUUACCCAUUCGAGUUUCUGAAGUUUUGAAGGAUUAUCCCGAUCAUGUUCUUAUGGAAUCGGAAGCCGUUAAGCAUUACGGCGUUAAGGCCAAGCCAUUGGAGCCGCAACAGGAUUUAAACAGGAAGAAGAUUUAUUUUCUAUUACAGUUGCCCAAAAUCGCCGCUGAUAAUCGUCCCCCGCCCGAUCGGAUUCCCAGAAGAGUCCGUUCCUCUGGCGUCCAUAUGUCCGCCAAGGACCGUCUCGACCUUCUCAUGCUCUCCCGCCGGACUAUGUCCGAGAUUGCUAUUACUAGGCCGUCUACCACCUCCGCGACGGACUCCUCUGCUCAGCCGCGCUUCCAUAGCGGCCCGAUGCAGGUUAAGAUGAAGAUUCCGAGAUCGCAGGUCGCGAAAUUGAUGGAGGAGAGUGCGAGUGAAGGAGAAAUCGCUGAGAAGAUUAUUAAAAUGUAUUUGAAGAACGAGGUCAAUACUGGCGGCGGUAGUGCCGGUGAUGUCAACGCCGGCCAACACCCGGAGCAUUGGAAACCGAGCCUUGUUAGUAGCGUUCGGGAAAAUUCAAAGGUUCAUCGCGAGAAACGAGUGAGUUUCUUACCAAUGGAUAAAGGAGAAAUUCAUUUAGCUGUAGCAGACAAUCAACAGUAGACACAAGUUUUGAAUUGGGAAGGGAGAGGAAGAAGGUGAAGGAAACAAGAUGUUGUUGAAUAUAAUUUGUUUUUGAGAGCAUAUCCAUCCAUGUUGACCUCUUUUUCUCAAUGGCUUGAUUUCAUAGCUUUUAAAUAUAUAAAUUCUUCCCAUAUAUUAUGAGGAGAAGUUGUUAAAUUAGAUCAUAACUUUCAUACAAAAGGUAGAGAUCAUGAGAGAUAUAUUCAAAGCCCUAAUGCAAAUGCUGGAUGUAGCAGAUAGAUGUUAAGGUUUUGGGUAAGAAUUAGUGAUUUAGAAUAUAGAGAUGUUAAUUACAUUAUAUAUAGAUUUGUACAUAAAAUGAAUAUAUAUAUUUUGUAUGUUUAUGAUCAGAAGAAAGGAUAUGUUAUAUGUUUUUGUGUAUGGAAA